GCGGAGCUGGGCGCACGCAGCUCGGGAGGCUCGGCUCCAAAAUGCCCGCGUGCUGCUGCUGCCGCCGGACUCCGCCGGUGUCCAGGGCCGCCGCGUGCCCCUGCUGGCUCUCGUGGGUGCUGCUGUGGUGCAGCUUGGCCUUGGCCCCGGCCGGCGGCUACGUGAUCGUGAACUCGGUGUCGUGGUCCGUCACCAACGAGGUGGAGGAAGAGCUGCACAGCUCCUCGAACGAGGAGGUUCUCCCCGCGCUCCUGGAAGACACCACGGCCAUCUGGAAGCAGAGCUACCCGGCCUCGGUGUACAAAGAGGAGGAGGAGGAGGACAUGAGGUCCAGGCUGGGGGAGGCGAGGCCGAAGCAGAACUCGUCCCCUUCCCGCAUGUUUUCCUACAGGAGAGCGAGCCCCAAAGGGGGAACGGAGAGCCUCGCGCCCCACGAGCAAGCGGCCAGGGCGGCCCGGUCCCUGAUCCAUUCCAGCAACUGGGGAUUCCUGGCCACGAGAUCCGCUCAUGAAAAGAUCCGGGGAGCACCGUUUGGGAGUUGCUUAUCUAUUAGCGAUGGCCCCACAGACAAUAGCACUGGAAUUCCUUUUUUUUAUGUGACUCCAAAGGACAACACAGUAGCUGAUCUCAUGAAAAAUUCCGUUGCUUCCCUGACAUUGCCAGAGGCAGAAGGAGAGAUCUGCAGAAAAACAGUCGUUGACCCUGAUGAUCCACGGUGUGUCAGACUUAUUCUUACAGGGCAGGUGGUGAUGGUGCCUCUGGAAGAAGUGGAAUUUGCCAAGCAAGCAUUGUUUUCUAGGCACCCAGCAAUGAGAAAAUGGCCUCGCAAUUAUGAAUGGUUCUUUAUGAAAAUGAUCAUUGAACAUGUCUGGCUUCAGAACUGGUAUGGAGGAAUUGCCGCCAUUGCAGUGGAGGAGUAUUUCAAAGCAGUUCCCAGUAAAGCUUGAUCAAAAUUCCAAAUAAGAGGAUUCAGUGUUUCAUAUUUACUUUGGGGGUGGGUGGGGGUGCAACUGUUUUAUAUUCCAUGGUACCGGUUAUUUAUUUAACAGUAUUUUUGUGCAAAGUACUUAAAAUGGCUCAUUUUCUCUUAAGUGGAAUAGGUUGACACAGUAUGGGCCUUUGAAAUGAAAAUGAAUGUUAAGGCUGGAGACAGAUGAUACUAGACUCUUCUUUAAGGUGUUUAAAUAUUCCUGGAUUUUUAAGAACAUGUAUACCACAGGAUGUGCUCAUUAUAAUUUUUGAAACUGGACAAGAAUCGCAACCCAAAAUGAAAUGGCCGGUAUGUAUAAUAUGGUGGUUGUAUUUCUGCACCUAGUUGUUCACACGAAACUCUAAAGAGCUGCUUAAAGUAUGUACAGAAUUUUAAUUAAGUUGACAUUAUAGAUUCCACCUUCCCUUAGGCACCCAUUUGUCUUUAAUUAUCUUACAAAAUGCUAUACUCUUAAUAUGCUUUCAAUAUGGUUUGGGGACAAUUCCGUUUCCUAACAUGCUUUUCUGGAAGACUAAAGAAGAAGUCAAGUCUUUAACUUUGCUUUAACCAUUCUGAUUUUGGCUGCAUUCAGAUUUAACUGUUGCCUGGUAUUGUGAGCAUUAGUGUUGGGCUCAUGGACACCCCCCUCCCUUCUCUUUCUGCAGUAUGAGAUUAUUAGAAGCUUUUGCUUUGAUUUUCAGUGGACAACGAUUUGUUGUGUCCGGACCUGGACGUGCUGUGUGCUUAGUGUAGCUAUGGUCUAUUGAAGCAAGCCAACUGCAAACCAUGGUUAAUGAACUUGAGUUGUUUCAGUACAUCAUAGUAACCAUGGCUCAUAGUUCAGUGGACAGUGCACUGUUUUAUUGUUUGGCAGUGACCAGACACUGCUGGUCUUCCCGCUUCCAGGCUGCUUGACAUAAUAGGAUUUUCAAAAUGUCCAUGUGUUGGGAUAAAGCCAAAAUGUACUCGUAAUUGUAACUUUUGCCCAAUAGCUGAAGGGGGAGGAUAUAGAUUUUAUUCUUCUCAAGGUGCCAUAGAAAUGUGGUCAAGCAGAUGCCCACAGGAAGCCCACAAGCACAACAGCAGUCUCACAACUUAUGCUCCCCAGCAACUUUCUACAUUGUGAAGAAGAUGGAGUGAACUAGCUGCAACAGCUGAAGUUUUUGAACAUUUCCAGAGGCAGGCCAUGCCUAACACAUUGCCAUAAUCUUACCUAGAGACACUAAUUUCUAGCAUAUUCCCUUCCCCCAUUAAAUGUUACGGAUACAUCCACACCAUACAUUUAAAGUACAUGAUGU